AUGCCCUUGAACAAAAUGUUCAUGAUCCUAGCAUGCAUGGUAGUCGCCUUAGGGCGAUGUAAAGGAGACGUCAAGGAGUACGUCUCCCAUAGGGAGGUGUUUGGUGCCCACGUGGAGGUGGGCACCGGGAGGGUGGAGAUGGGUUCCGAGGGGGAACCCAUCACUCAUAUGGACCACAUGACAUUGGAAGAAACGACUAGUGAUACUGAUCAAAGCGACAUUGUUAGCUCAGUAAACAUCAUAGGUGAUGACAAGGUAACACCUAUUGUUGAAAGAAAAGAACCUGAGAAAACAACUUUGGAAAAAGUAAUUGAUGACAAAAAUGGAACAGUUCUGGAAACCAAGGAACAAGAGAGCAUAACAUUACAGAAAGCCAUUCAUAAUAAGAACGGAACCAUUGUUGAAAAUGAAGUUGAAAAGAUCAGAACCAUUAUUGAAGCGAAACACCAAGAGUGUAAAACUGAGGAGGAAAAUGUAGAUGAUAAAAACGGAACCAUUGUGGAAACGAAACAAGAGGAGAAUGAAACUAUGGAAAUUGAAAUUGACAAGAACGGAACCAUUGUGGAAAGCAAACACCAAGAAAACAAAACUGUUGAGAAAGCAGUUGGUGAUAAGAACGGAACCACUGUUAAAGCUAUACACCAAGAAAAUAAAACUGUGGAAAACCCCACUGGUGAUGAGAACGAAGGAGAUAUUGAGGUUAGCAAAGAGGAAGAGAACAAGCCCUUGCUGCAAGGGGUGCACGAUAACAUCGGAACAGAUAAAACAAUUAGCAAAGAGAGAGAAAACAAAACACUUGAAAAAGCCGUUGUUGAAACCAUCGACCAAAAGCCCAUUUGUGAUAAAAACGGCACAGAUACUGAAGUUUGUAAAGACGAAAAGAACAAGACCUUGGAUAAAAUGGUUGAGAACAAAGGAAAAGAUUUGACAACUAUAGAACAGGAGACCAAAGCCUUGCCACCAGUCCCAGGUGCUAAACACGAAACAUUUGAGGAAACUAAAGAGCAGGAAAACAAAACGAUGUUAAUGAGGAAUGAAACGGAUGCGGAAACUAAAGAAUCACAUGAGGAAAUUGCCUUGCCACCAAUCCCAGGUGCUAAAAACGAAACAUUUGAGGAAACUAAAGACCAAGAAAACAAAACGAUGUUAUUGAGGAACAAAACGGAUGCGGAAACUAAAGAAUCACAUGAGGAAAUUUUACCACGAGCGAAUAUAACUCCCGAGAGCGAAACUGAAACUGAGAGAAACGAAAGCCAAAAUCUACAUAACAAAUCGAUGAAUCUAAAGACCACGAUAGCGGAAAAUGAAGCGACGACGAUAGCGAUUGAGGAAAUAACGGAAAGUAUUCAGAAACUAAAUGAAGACAAGACCUUGGAUAACACGGUUGAGAACAAAGGAAAAGAUUUGGAAACUAUAGAAUCACAUGAGGAAAUUGCCUUGCCACCAUCCCCAGGUGCUAAAAACGAAACAUUUCAGGGAACUAAAGAGCAGGAAAACGAAACGAUAUUGUUGACUAACGAAACGGAUGCGGAAACUAAAGAAUCACAUGAGGAAAUUGCCUUGCCACCAACCCCAGGUGCUAAAAACGAAACAUUUCAGGGAAAUAAAGAGCAGGAAAACGAAACGAUAUUGUUGACUAACGAAACGGAUGCGGAAACUAAAGAAUCACAUGAGGAAAUUUUACCACGAAUGAACAUAAUUCUCGAGAGCGAAACAGAAAUUGUCGGAAACGAAAGCGAAAAUCUACAUAACGAAUCGAUGAAUCUAGAGACCACGAUAGCGGAAAUAGAAGCGACCACGAUAGCGAUUGAGGAAAAAACGGAAAGUAUUCAGAAAAUAAACGAAGAUCUCGGUAAACAAACAACACUUCUGCGGAACCGAACAGAACAUCUUCAGAAAAAAACGAAUGAAAUGGAAAGCAAAAUACUGGAAGUGGAAAACAAAACGAUGCGAAUAGAAAAGGAAUCAGAUGCGAUGUUAGUGGAGAGUGUCAUAAUGGGGCGAACGAUGCUGCGUGUGGAGACAGAAACUAACCAGAUUGAAAACAAAGCUGUGGGUUUGAAGGAGAUGACAGAGAGUCUCCACAACAAGACAGCAGACCUGCAAGAAGGAACUCACAGUCUGCAGGCCCAAAUCAAAGCUCUACAAAACAAGGUGGCGGAUUUAGAGGACAUGAUGGAAAAAAUUUUGAACUUUGCAGUAGAAAUUGAAGACCAAACAUUAGGUCUGGAAAACGAAACACUGGAUUUGCACAAUAAGACAGUCGAGUUGGAAGACAAAAUGACUGGUCUUUAUAACUGGACUCAACAGGUGCAGAAGCGAACGUCGCAGCUACAGCACAAGACAAGUGGACUGCGGAGCAAGAGAGUUGACUGGCUUAACAAGGCGUCAGUGUUCAAGACGAAAGCUUUGCCUGUAGAUGCUAUGUCAUCCCCGAGGGAAGAACUGUAA